AUGGCAGGAAUCUUUGAUCGGUUCCGGCUUGGUACCAAGCGCAAACACGAUAAAGAUGCAUUGGAUACUUGUCCAGAUGCCGAGGCCACGUCAGAGGACAAUGUAAAGAAUGCCAUCAAGGUUUCUCCUGUAAAGCGAGGCAAGCACAAAGCAAAACAAACGGAGCAAGAAAAAAAGUGUCCAUUGAAUGGCAAAUGGCAGGAGCGUUGGCACGGUAUUUGCAAGGACUGUUUUGAGCAUGUACAGGAGUGUAAGCACUACCCUGAGCAUCGCCUACGUUUACUUAUUGUUGGCCACAAUCCAUCGGAUCAUGCGUGGCAAACUGGGUAUUCAUACAGUAAUCCGACAAACCGAAUGUGGAGAUUGUUAACAGGAAGACUUUCUCCUCACUCAUGGGAAGGUAUUUUACCUUCUACUGCAGAGAUUGUCGAGCAAAACAUCAUGCCUUACGUUCUUGGUGUUGGAUUUACAUCAAUUGGCUUGGAGCCAGGAAAUGAUGCUUCAAAGUAUGGCAAGGCAACAAUGGAAGUCUGGCGGGCGAAUUUCUACCUGCGUUUGCGUCGACAUGCUGCUCAAGUUUGCAUCAAUGAUCACAACAAUGCAACAGAGGUCGCCCUGAAGCACGGAGAUGAUGACAACCUAACAACGUGUCAGCUCGCUCAUGCCCCUAUGUUCAUCGCUUUUUCCGGCAAGAGGCAAUUCAGUUGGUUGUUUUCACCACCUCUGUCAAAAAUUGAGAGCUAUGGCAGACAAACUAGACUUCCUCCAGGGUGGCCACACGAACUUCGCGCUGACAGUGAGGUCUGGGUGCUUCCUAGUUCCAGUGGUCGAGCAGCAAUGACAACGGCGCAACGCAUGCUGCCCUACCAACAGCUAGCAGAGAGUGUUCGCCAAAUUCCGUGGCCACAUGGACUUCAGUCUGUAGUUGAGAAAACGUAA